AUGACUAUAAGCGACAGUGGGUGUUUGGCUUCCGUUAAACGUCUUCUUGUGCAGGAGCCAUGGGAGAAUCCGGUCCGCGCGAGCGAGGUCAUUUGCAGUCUGCUGGAUGCCUCACUUAUGUGGUGUUGCGGGGACAAGACAUGUGACCACCCGGUCGCAAACGCAGAGGACAAAGUGGAGGUUGCGGGCCUCUUCUUCAACUUUGUCAGGUACUUUGCCACAGCACUCACCCGCAAGCGCCUCGGAGGUGUCCGUGGCGCUCCCACAACGGCUGACACGAGCGUCGUUAGCGUGUCAGCGUUCACCGACGCCACAGUUGGAGCCCCACAACCACACAGUGCUGCGGCGUAUCAGAGCAAACUGCGGUCCUCCGUCGUAUUUCCUCCCAUCCACGAGCUUUGGCGGCAGCCGUCUCUCGUGGCAGCUAUCGAGCGUCUUGCAGAAGUCGUUUGGAGCAUUCAAAUGCUGCUGCACGCUGGGGACGGUCAUGUAUGUGUCGCACAGGUGGGGCGGUGUCCACUUUGCUACGCAGCAAGCAUUGAACAUGUCUCCGGGACCGACGCCAUGUGGUCCCUCCUUGAGUUCUACGCCGUCUACCGCGUUGCCGAGGUGUCCUCUGACCGCGGGAUAAGGAAGUCCUCCAGUUUGACUGAUGACCCCUCAACAGACGCCAGUCAUGAGCUGAUUCUCGUCCUUGACGUCGACACCCGACGGCUGUUGUGGACGCAUGCCAUGGCGGUAUGCCGCAAUGCCGUUUGGAAUGGCGCCGUGCAAACCUUGCGUCUCUCUGUCGAGCAGUGGGUAUACUCCGGGACGCAUCCGACGCUGUUUGCGACGGUGCAUCAGCAGGGGAGUCCCACAGCCGUUCAGGUGGACGGAGACGUCAUUAGCCUCUUUGCCUUUAUUUUGAUUCAGUGCUGCCUCCUCAUUCAGGAUGAGGUAGUGUUCGAGAUGGACGUCCGCACCGCCGCCAUGCAGGCAACACCUGCCGGCAAAAGGCAGUAUAAAAGCCAUAGACACGGAGCGCUUGAAGAGGCUUGCCAUGAAAAGGAAGACGGCGAUGUUGCUUCCCAAGCAUCAUCAUCGCUGUCGCUAGAGGGACGUGGUGAUGCUGGGUUGUAUGACUCACUCGUGGCACUGCGUGAGAUGUCGCAUGCGGCAGGUGUCAUGGCCGCCUUCGUAGCUCUCACCAUGACGGCGCCGCAUUACGCGACAGGCGGAGUAACAUUACUGCAUUGGGUGUGUGCAAAGGGCUAUGAGUUUUGUGUGCGGCUGCUCCUCACGGCGUGGGUGGCGGUGUACCGCGACGCCCGGUUGCCGCCGAGCGUUACAAGCCCCGUGGCGUGUGAAGAAAAGCGCGUGCGUGUCGACUUUGGGCCAGCGCAGGUGUUGGAGGUGCCUACGGACACGGCGGCAGCUCCGAAGACAACCGCGAAGGCCAUCCGCUGCACUGCGCUGCAGGUCGAUGAUGAAAUCUUAUCUUGCGCUGUGCGGGGGGGAAAUGUGUCCGUGCUUCGUCAGUUGCUUCUUUGCGGGGCCUCACGGCACCAGUGGAAAGACAAGGAGCCGACGGACAAGGAAGUGGUGGCGCUGCUGCUUGACCCCGGCAGCGUGCUGGACGGGGUGGUGGGCACGCUGCACGAACGCGUUCGUGAUGCUCUUUGCGCCACUGCCGCCGCUGACGCCCUCGCGAUCGCCGCUUGGCGACUUUGGAGUGAAAAGGUGCAGAAAUUGGCCGUCGAUAAGGCGGGGGAGGCGCCGUACAGGCGAUCACACGACGGCGUCAUGCGCACCACCCUUGCCGCGCUUGAGUUUGACCCACACAACCCUCUUGCCCGCACCACGCUGCGGGACCUACUUGCACGCAAAGUCACGGAUAUCCUCGCGGCGAAGCUUCCGACAGGCGAAGCCGCUCUGCAUCAAAGGCGUUACUGCCAGACAGCACGUCGGAUGUGCGAGCAGCUCCUUACGACCCACACGGGGCGCGAGGGAGAGAUGGAGUCUCUUCUGCGCUUCAGGGCACUCCCCUCGGCGGACUCGUCGUCCCUAAUGAAGACGACAACGGCACACAUGGCGUCGGACAACACGUUUUUGUUUUUGCCAUUUGCUGAAAGCGCAGGCGUCAGUGGCGGGGGCGGGGGUGGGUCGUCGGCGACGAUUGCCAUCGACAAGCAACGGAGGCCGGUGUUUGCGCUGGUGAACCUCACUGACUCCGCAGUCUCGCCCACGUCAAAGACGACGGCGAUGAUGCAUCCGCUGUGGGUGCGAUUGCCGCACGGUGUGGACGUCCAUCGAAGCCUUGAGCUUGCUGGGGGUCUUUAUGGGGUGGUGGAGAGUGCUAUGCCCCUCAUUGCACCCGUGGAGCGUGGCGACCUCGUAGUGUUUACACUGCGCCAAAAGUGUUAUCGCUUUGAUGUUACUCGAAUCGUGCGCCCGCAGGAUGGCGUGGUGGUGGAGGUCCCAUGCGUGCUGCAGGGCACUCGCGACGAGGUGAAAACAUCCGUUUUGCGCUGCGCCUUGGUGCCACCGCCCGUGUACGAGUUGGACGAUGACCGUGUCGUGGCUGAUCCUCUGCAGUGGCUUGAAAGAGCAUCCACGCCGACCAGUGACGCCGUAGAGCAGAUCCUUAACAGUCGGCAGCACCUGCAGAGGUGGCUACACAUCGCUCAUCGGGGUCGUCGUACGUUGUGGUUUAACGAGGUCCCUCUGGCCCCGAGUGAGGCAUCCGUUUGGCGUCUUGGUAAGGCUUACAAUGAGGCUGAGGCGCGUCCCAUUUUUGCCACAGCAUCAUUUCCUCUCGUAGGUAGGGCGGAGGCUGAGGUGGUGGAUGAUCCGUUUGGACUGACGUCAGAGACCAUCUUUGUCUUGCGGCCAGCAGGAACCCGCGUGGUGGAAGGUGACGUGGCCUUCCGGGUGGCAGGUGUCUUCCCUAGGUGGGGGUGGGGGUAA